AUGGCAGCUCCGAUACAUCACCUCGACCUCCCUCGUUUAAAAGGUCGAGUGUUGCCUUCAUUCCAAACGCUCGCCACUACCCUCGAACAACUCACCAUCGCACCCCCGGAUUGGUCGAACCCUGCCGCCUCGUCCGGCUCGCCAGAGCAUGACCCCGGUAUCACGCACUGGCUGACCAUGCUUGUCUCCUCCGAUUUGCACUGGCUCGAGACAGACGAAGAACGCGAUGAAAUCCUAGCCGAGGCAUCGAAAAGAUUGGCGGAACGCUGUGGACGCAGCGCAGCACCCGCGAUGACUCGGACAUUUUCGCUACCUACGCCAUCACGGACACCGACGCCAAUCGGAACACCGGUUGAGACGCCAUAUACGGAGUUGCGGAUUCACGAGCCGCCGUUGACAUCGGAUAAUCUGGGCUUAAAGACAUGGGGUACCUCAUUCCUCCUCGCAAAACGCCUCCCACUCCUCUUCCCUCCACCUACCACCACCAGGACCUCAGACUCCGAACCACCCCGAAAAAUCCGAGCCCUCGAGCUGGGAGCCGGGACAGGCCUCGUCGGUCUAGCCGCCGCCAGUACCCUCGGUUGGUCCGUCCACCUAACGGACCUCCCCGAAAUCGUUACAAACCUCCAGAAAAACAUUGACCUGAAUGAGGAGACCAUCCAUGCCGCGAACGGGCACGCAACUUCCGGAAUCCUCGACUGGACCAUCCCCGACCUUACCCACCCCUCCCUCAGGGACCUCGACAUCGUCCUUGCCUCUGACUGCCUGUACGCCUCCUGUCACCCCGCUCUCGUCGCUCACGUCACCUCUCUUACACUCCCCCGAAACGCUGACGCGAAAUUCGUGGUUUCGGUACCAGUGCGGCCGGGGGGGUUAGGCGAGUUGCCGGGGAUGUUGUGGAGCGAGUUGAAGGGUGUGGGUUUGGUGAUUUUGGAGGAGGGUGAGGAUUUGGGGUGGGAUGAUUGGGGGAGUGGGGAGAUUAGGUGUAGGUGGGGGGUUUGGGGGUGGAAAGAGGUUCAUGCCAAGAACUAG